AUAUGCUGUUCGUAAUUUGCAACAAUGGCGGUGUCUCUCAAUUCCAUCACUUGUUCCUCAUAUUUACACCCAUCUCAGCCUUCUUCGCUCAGCUCCGGUGACAAGGUUUUCGUCGGAUUAAGGCUUCAAAAUCCUAAUUCUUUUGGAAUUUCGAGACCUAAUUUGAGUGUUGAAUUGCACAAAAAAAUUCAUAAAAGUAUUGAGCCCAGGACUGGCAUUAAGCCAGCACGGGGACGCAUUGUAAUGAUGCCGAUAGGGACUCCAAGAGUUCCCUAUAGGGUUCCCGGUGAAGGAACAUGGCAGUGGGUUGAUUUGUGGAAUGCCCUUUAUCGCGAACGUGUUAUCUUUGUUGGGCAAGAUAUAGAUGAAGAAUUCAGUAACCAAGUACUGGCAACGAUGUUGUAUCUUGACAGUGUGGACAAUUCUAAAAGAAUGUAUAUGUACAUUAAUGGUCCCGGUGGAGAUCUUACUCCAAGCAUGGCCAUCUAUGAUACGAUGCAAAGCUUGCAAAGUCCGAUUGGCACCCACUGUGUGGGAUAUGCGUAUAAUCUGGCUGGCUUUCUCCUUGCAGCUGGAGAAAAGGGUCAUCGCUUCACAAUGCCACUUUCAAGAAUUGCUUUAGAGUCGCCAGCUGGAACAGCUCGUGGUCAGGCUGAUGAUAUUCAAAACGAAGCAAAUGAACUUCUGAGAAUUAGAGAUUAUCUUUUCAAGGAGUUGGCUCAAAAGACAGGUCAACCUGUGGAGAAGGUUUACAAGGACUUAAGUCGAAUUAAGCGGUUCAAUGCUCAAGAAGCUUUGGAGUAUGGGCUGAUUGAUAGAAUUGUUAGGCCUCCCCGUAUAAAGGCUGAUGCACCAAGGAAAGAGGCUGGUACAGGUCUUGGUUAGCCUUCUAUUUUACAUUCUUUUUUUGUUUCUUGGGCUUUGGAAAUUAUGGGUUCAACGCCAAGUGAUACAUUUUAGAUUACUAGAUUGUUUUCCAGCUUCAUGUACCAUAAAAUGCUCUCAUUGGGCAUGUGGUCUACCUCAUAUGUCACAAACUUGUUCCUUUUACAUUCUAGCUCGCAUGUGGUCUACCUCAUAUGUCACAACUUGUUCCUGUUACCUUCUAGCUCAGUUUCCAGUCCAAUACUAGUUUUAAUUUGAAGAAUAAUUAUUCAAUGGGCAUU